AUGUUUAAAAUAAAACUGGAGCCUUUAAAAAUGACAGCAUGGACUCUGAAUGUGUUCGUAAAGUUUCGGAAUAAGUACUCACCUCCUGGCAGCGUUACCGUCAUGGGGAAGGACUACUACAAGAUUUUGGGCAUCCAGACUAGUGCCAAUGAGGAUGAAAUCAAGAAAGCGUAUCGGAAAAUGGCCUUGAAGUAUCACCCUGACAAGAAUAAAGAUCCCAGUGCUGAGGAGAAGUUCAAGGAAAUCGCAGAGGCUUAUGACGUUCUGAGUGACCCCAAGAAGCGAGCUGUUUAUGACCAGUAUGGGGAGGAAGGUCUCAAAACCGGAGGUGGUCCUUCAGGUGGCUCAGGGAACACUUUCCACUACACCUUCCAUGGAGACCCCCAUGCCACAUUUGCGUCCUUCUUCGGAGGCUCCAACCCUUUUGACAUCUUCUUCUCUACCAGCCGCUCCCGCAUGUUCAAUGGCUUUGACCAGGAAGAUGCAGACACAAAUGACAAUGAUGACCCUUUCAGUGCCUUCAGCCGGUUCAGCUUCAGUGGCAUUAACGGCAUUCACCGGAGGCACCAAGAGUCCCUACACACACGGAGGAGGAUUCAAGACCCACCCAUCAUCCAUGAGCUCAAAGUGUCCCUGGAAGAGAUCUACCAUGGUUCCACCAAGAGGAUGAAGAUUACGCGCAGAAGGCUCAAUGCUGACGGCCGGACCAUGCGGACUGAGGACAAGAUCCUAAACAUUGUCAUCAAACGGGGUUGGAAGGAGGGAACCAAAAUCACAUUCCCUAAAGAAGGGGAUGUCACUCCAGACAACAUCCCUGCUGACAUUAUCUUCAUCCUCAAGUACAAGCCUCACUCGCAUUUCAAGAGGGAUGGGACGAACGUGAUCUACACAGCCAACAUCAGUCUUAAAGAGGCCUUGUGCGGCUGCACCGUGAACAUUCCCACCAUCGAUGGGCGGGUGAUCCCUCUUCCCUGCAGUGACAUCAUCAAGCCAGGAACAGUGAAGAGACUUCGUGGGGAGGGGCUGCCGUUCUCAAAGGCCCCCUUCCAGCGAGGAGACUUAAUUGUGGAGUUCAAAAUCCGCUUCCCUGACAGGAUCGCUCCCCAAACAAGACUGCUCCUCAAGCAGCACCUCCCGUGUUCCUAGAGCCUGGGAACACUCCUUCAAGCAGCAAUACUCUAA